CUCUUCACUAAUUCAGAGCGUUAAGUGACAACGGUCUGAAAUCUUGUGACUGCCUACUGGAGUAAACAUUUGACCGUUACAAUGUUUUGGGGAACGCUUAUCAUUCUUGGAUGUGCCAUGAUACAUGAAAUAUCAUGCUGGAGACCAAAAAAUAUAGAGUUUACAGCUUUCAUCAAAUCAAGAUGCCGUGAGAACGAGCUGAAAGAUCUUGAUAGUACAGAAGCACGAUCCACUAAAUACUCUGAAUUGUCCAAGAAUGAGCACACUCAAGGCUGCUACAUCGCGUGUGUGCUCAAUAGAACUGGAAUCUACUCAAAGAGUAGCAACCCUCAUAAUGAAAACAGAAUCUUAAAACAAUACAACCGGUAUAAGAAAUACAAUUUGGGAGUCACGGAAAAUGAUGCUAAUGAGGCUUAUGCAGCCUUACAACAACUGGGUGUACCUCAAGAAGACAACUGCGUUUCUGUUACAGAAAAACUUAAGACCCUAGAUGAGAAAAGCAAAAAUACUAUCAUUGGUACUUUGUGGGGUGGCGAAGAUAAAAAGGAAAAUCGUGUAGCAGUUUAUCAGCACCUGGGUGGUGCAAUAAAACAAGUAGGGCAAUCGGUUAUCGAAUAUUGUGCACACAGAUAUUACCCUAAUGUUACGGUAGCUGAUAUUUGUGAGGAGAAUGAUGAGCACAAAAACAAUUUUGAUUUUGCUCGUUUGAUUGACUGUAUUUACACACUUUUCCGCUAUCAAAACAAAUAUUGGAUUGUCAGGCCUGAGGAAUUGGCGCGUGAUUACGAAGCUAUCGGACAACAGGGUGACGUUCUUACGGCUGCACUGCAGAAAUGUUUGAAUGAUGAACCAAAGGAUGUGGAUGAAAUCUGGCGACCAAGUUAUCUGCAUGAAUGUUUGGUAAGCAACAAGGAAAUUGCAAUUCACUACGAGAAAGCCCUAAUCUAUCGUGACAGCCGAACGCUGGAUUAUUCGAAACCAAUAUUGGAGAUGUGGACCUAUAAUGAUGAAAAGGCGAAGGAGCACGCUACGAAAGUGGGCACCUGUGCAAAUCUUUAAAAUCAGAAAUGUGAACCAAGAAUCUGUCCCGGCAAUGUUUAACUGAAUUAACAUAUAUUUUACACCUGCAAAUAAAAAGUUAUUGAGCAUGCAAAAAAAAUCUU